CGCGGCGAUCCUGGGCUGGUGGAAGUGGCGGUCGCUGCGGCGGCGGCGCGAAGACGGCGGGCAUGGUGGGGCGGGAGAACGAGCUCUCCAUCCACUUUGUUCCCGGGAGCUGCCGGCUGGUGGAGAUUUUAUUUAUUUGAGAGAGCAUGAGCAAGGGAGCCCCAGAGGGAAAAGGAGAAGCAGACUUCCUGCUGAGCAAGGAGCCCCAUGUGGGACUUAAUCCCAGGACUCUGGGAUCAUGACCCCAGCCAAAGGCAGACACUUAACUCACCGAGCCACCCAGGAGGAAGUUAACGUUCCCAAUAGGCGGGUUCUGAUUACUGGCGCCACUGGGCUUCUUGGCAGAGCUGUGUAUAAAGAAUUUAAGCAGAAUAAUUGGCAUGCCUUUGGCUGUGGUUUUAGAAGAGCAAGACCAAAAUUUGAACAGGUUAAUCUUUUGGAUUCUGAAGCGGUUCAUCACAUCAUUCAUGAUUUUCAGCCCCAUGUCAUAGUACACUGUGCAGCGGAGAGAAGGCCAGAUGUUGUGGAAAAUCAGCCAGAUGCUGCUUCUCAGCUUAAUGUGGAUGCUUCUGGGAAUUUAGCAAAGGAAGCAGCUUUAAUUGGAGCAUUUCUAAUCUACAUUAGUUCAGAUUAUGUAUUUGAUGGAACAGAUCCACCUUAUAGAGAGGAAGACGUACCAAGUCCCCUAAAUCUGUAUGGCAAAACAAAAUUAGAAGGAGAAAAGGCUGUCCUAGAGAACAAUUUAGGAGCUGCUGUUUUGAGAAUUCCUGUUCUGUAUGGAGAAGUUGAAAAGCUUGAAGAAAGUGCUGUAACUGUUAUGUUUGAUAAAGUGCAGUUCAGUAACAAGUCAGCUAACAUGGACCACUGGCAGCAGAGGUUCCCUACACAUGUCAAAGAUGUAGCUACUGUAUGUCGCCAGUUAGCAGAAAAGAGAAUGCUGGAUCCAUCAAUUAAGGGAACCUUUCACUGGUCUGGCAAUGAACAGAUGACUAAGUAUGAAAUGGCAUGUGCAAUUGCAGAUGCCUUCAACCUUCCCAGCAGUCACUUACGACCUAUAACUGACAGUCCCGUCUUAGGAGCACAACGUCCAAGAAAUGCUCAGCUCGACUGCACCAAAUUAGAGACCUUGGGCAUUGGCCAGAGAACACCAUUUAGAAUUGGAAUCAAAGAAUCACUCUGGCCUUUCCUCAUUGACAAGAGAUGGAGGCAAACGGUCUUUCAUUAGUGUAUGUGCAGUUUUUUUUUUUUUUUGAGAAGUAUAGUAUGUGGCACUUUUUAAAGAAAAAAGGAAAUAGUUUUGUAUGAGUGCUCUUUAAUUGUGACUCAUGAUCUUUCAGGUAAAUGAUGCUCUUGCACUAGGAAAUUGUCUAAAGAAACUAAGGGCAAUAAUGCCACAGUUGAAGUAAUGAUUUUUCUUUUUAUCAUUUUGUUCUGGCUUAACUUUGUUUGAGUAUAGUAAAUUAUGAUUCUUAAAUAUUUACAAGCCAGGAUGAGACAGAUCUACUGUAGACUUUCUCUUGGAUGAAAUGCAUUAUUCAUUCCUAUAACCUCUACAUUUUCAGGACUUUUGCAACUGUUGACCUUUUUUAUGUUUUAAAGUGAGUUAAGUAGUACAAAAAUCAUUGGUGUUCAUUAUUUGCAUUGCUUGAGCUCUGAUCAAAAUGUUUGAAGAAAGAAACUUUAUUUUUGCAACUUACAUGCAGUUUUUAAGCUUGAGAUAUUUCAACGUGUUAUGUAUAUUGGAACUCCUGUAGCCUGAUGCCUCCUGCUUUUGUAGCAGUGUGUGGUGAGCAAUUGACAGAGAGUGUGUGUGUAUGUGUAUGUAUUUUUUUAAUAUGUGUAAAACUGUCCUUUUCACUCCAUGUCACUAAGUGAUAUUUCAUAUCUGUGGUUAUAUUAAUAAUGAUGGGCCUUGUAAGUCUUUUGGCCAUUCAAGAAUAAUAAAUAUGUACUGCUGGCAUGGUAAUGCUUAGUUUUCUUUUAUUUACUUUAUAACCAUAAGGACCAAGCAUCUAAACUCACUGUUAUUUGUUGCUUUAAUUUUUAAAAAUUACAUUCUUAUGUAACAUCUGAUGCAUAUAAGAAAAUACAGUUGAUAUUUACUGAGAUAUAAAUAAUAAAAUGAACCCUGGUGAACUCUACUUGAGACCUAGAAUGUUACAGAUACUGUAUCUACUUGUGCCAUCUGAUUGUUUUUUAACUAAAAAUAACUAUGUAAUUUUGACACAUGUUUAUGUAGGAUGUUCCUUCUGAAGAAUGCAGAGUAUUUGAAUGUAUUAUCUAUGCAGAGUAACAUUGAAGUGACCUUAGCUUCAAGGAUAUUUUUGGUCCUUAAUAAGGAAUCAGCAUGGCAGAAUGAGGUGUAUGACUUGGCUUCUGUUGAGGGUUCAUUGUGAAACCUGGUUUUCUGAUUUCACUUAUGGGGUAUCCUUUCCCUAGAUUAUGAUUUUGUCAUCCAUUGGACAAAAAAAAAGUAUUUCUAAGUUCCUAAUUUACUUAGAGUUUUAGGUUUAGAAAGAAUCAGGUUUGGAUGAUUUGUUUAAAGGACCAAUUCCCACACCAUGUUAUAUUUUGUAAUUAGGGAAAUUUUGGUGGUACCUAACCCCUAACCUGGACUCACUGAAAUAGAAUUUCUGGAAUUGAGACCUGCUAAUCUAGUUAUAAAUUUUCUCUGGAUGCUUCCAAAGUAAGCAGCCUGGUACUUGGAUUUGGCAACCACUGGAUUAAAGCCCCCCCCCCCCUUUUUAAAGUUAUUUAAUUGCACCUAGGACAAAACUGAAAAGUUUCAGAGUAAAAAACCUUUCUCAUUCUUCUCUAGCUACUGAUUUUCCAUCUGUGGAAGAAAUCAAUGUAGAUCAGAUCCUGGUAUGUUUUUGCAGGCACUCUGUAUAGUAAGAUAAAUACACUCCUUACAUGUGUAUGUCACCAUCCCUUCUUUAUACAAAUAGCAUCAUAAAAUAAAAAUUUUUCUGUGCUUUUAAAAUCUU